AGGGGGUGUGGAUGUGCAAUUCACCCAGGAACCUUCUGAUCCAAGCUACUUCAACAAUGGUAGUGAUGCCAACCUGGUGUGGAACUAUGCUGAUCCAAAUAAUAAAAUUAGAGGCAUUGUCUACAGUGUUCUGGUAAAUGGUGUAUUUAAAGCAAUGAUUUUUAACGACAGUCAUGGCGCGCAAGAGCAUCCUAGUAUUCCUCCAUCUUACAAAGGAAGAGUUAAAAUUGAAGGAAGAGCUACCCUGAUUAUCAAGAACAUCAGCCCUAGAGACAAUACCAAAUUUAGAUGUGAAAUGCGGCAAAACCCUGCAGGGGAGGUUGAAAGCUCAGUUAAGCUUAUUGUGGCAGGUAUGUAUUGCAGACAUAACCAUUAAUAAUCAAACACAAACCAAAUGUACUCAACUCAUGUCUCUCAUGUUUCUGAGAUCUGGUGAAAGUAAACAAUAGCAUAAAUUUGUGUAAACCUUUAUAUGCAGGGCUGAAAUAGGCUAGCUAACCCAACUUUUGGGAACACUAGUGCUACUUUUACUUGGUAUGUGACACCACACUCCUAAAAGAAGACAAGAAAUUCUACCAUUUAAUUUGCUGUCUCUCAUCAGUAAGAAAUCAAAGAGUUAUGGCUUUAUGCUUCUUGCACCAAUUACUGGGUUGCUCUGUGAUGCAUAGAUAUCUAUUAUUAAUAUGAGUACUGAAAUUUUCUCUCAGCAAAGUUUUCAACUAAAAAUGGUCAGACAAAACUAGAAACAAUGCAACUGUUUGUUCGAUUUUGCUAGAUCAAAUUGCAGAUCAAAUUUGCUAGAUUGAUAUUGCACAAUCAAUAAUUGAUUGUGCAAUAUGCACCAGCUGCCUGUAAUUAUUACAGGCAGCUGGUGCAAAAAAAAUUAUGUGGCUUUUGUAGCCUUUUAGAGGGACUUGCCAAAGGGAAGGAAAGUUGGCAUUGCAUUGUUCGCUGCUUUCUGAGGAUUAUGAUCUUCAAGGUUUACAGAUAUAAAUUUAGUCAACAGAAUGGUGACUUCCUCAAGUAAUUUUCUGACACCAAGGUGCAAGGCAAGACUUAGAAGAUUUGAGCAAUAGAGCAAAAUUUCCUCAAAGUUAUGAAAGCAAUAAACCAUCAGAGUCUAUAAUCCAAGCUCUUUAUGCUGUUUAAAAGAAGCUGAGCUUGUAAACAGAAAAUAAUUUCAAUGAUGAUCAAUGUGGCCAGUUAGGAAUGCUAUUCUUAGCAGAUGUUGUUACUUGAUGCUUCCUCUUUACCCUCUUGAUUGAGAUAGAUACAGACCUAAUGGAAACCUAAAAUUGAAAGUACUGUAAAUAUACUUAAGAAUACUUGAAUCUCAAUGAAUUGGUUAUUUAAGUCAUAAAUGUGACUUCUUGUUCCUUAAAAGAAAUGAGAAUUACAGCUGUGAAAUGGAAAACAAACUUUCUGAAUGAAGUGAAGCUUUGUGACAUGUGAUGAAAUCCACCCCCUGUUGUAAAUCAUUUGCAAGGUUUGAUAUAUCUGCAAGGUAUUGUUUAACUUUUUAUUUCAAAAAUUAAAAACAUAUAGAAAAAGAAAAAUUUGCCAAUAUUGGAUUUGCUAUUGUGGAAAGCCAUUUGCAAUCAAAGAGAACCCAAAGGCCUCUAGAAGAUGUGAUGGGCAGUCCCUCUCCUUUCAUCUCUACCAAAAUGCUGGUUGUCUGUUUACAUGUAGAUUACCCUUGGACAAAAGGUGUGAUGUAAAGAAUGCAGGCUAUUAUGAAACAAGGUAUUGUUGUGGAGAAGUGUCUUCUCCUGUCUGCUAACCCAAUAUCCAAGAUGUCCCAUGCACUGUCAAUAGUUUUGCAGGGUUUGACUUUAAGUGUGUUCACCAUGGUCCUUUUGGCAUUGGGUUUCAAAAGAAUUUCAUUUUUAUCCUGACUACAUUUCAUCAUCAAGUGAUUAGAUGCCUUUUCCAGAUGACAUGGGAUCUUCCAUGUUUAUUUAUUUAUUUAUUUAAUCAUUAUUUAUACACAGUUCAAAAGAAGAAGAAUUCAUCAGGUACAAAAAAUUCCAAUACAAUGACUAAUAUCCUAAGAACUAAAGAUCAUAAUCCUAACAUUAUAUGAACUAACACCAAUAUGCCACUUAAAAACCUGAUUUCUAUGAAUGCUGUGUCUAAAAAUUAUGAUAGAGAAGGCGUUUAAAUUGGUUUAAUGAACCAGACUCUCUAAUGUUACAGGGUAAGCUAUUCCAAUGGGUUGAGCCGCUAUAACUAAAACUAUUUUUCACGUAGUUAGUUCUUGGAAAUUGGACAGCAAGUUUGUUUACUGAGCCCCACAUAGAAUAGUUUGAUUUGUUUCACUUUAUAAAUAUUUAGACGUGAGAUGUUUGGGAACUAGAUGGUAGAAAGACUUGCAAACCAAUAAGGUGUUCUGAAUCUGACAUUGAGAUUUCAAGUCUUUUCAGCUGAGUUUGUGAGACAAGGAAUCAACAUCUACAUCAUAGUUUGACGAAGUUAUUACAUGUGCAGCACGGUUUUGUAGUUUUUGUAGCUUGUUAGAUAAUGUUUUGCCACAAUUACCCCAGACUAGGCUACAGUAAUCAAAGUGAGAUUGAAGGAGUGAGUUCUAGAUAUUGAGUAGGGUGGAUUGGGGCACAAAUGGCUUAAUUUGCUUUAUGUUUCCAAUAGCAGUAGCCAUCCUUUUACACAGUUUAUCAAUGUGGGAAUGCCACAUUAAAUUUUCAUCUUUUUAUAUUCCAAGGGAUUUCACAGAAGAAACUUGUUCAAUGGGAACAUUAUCUAUGGAAAGUUUGAGUGUAUCAGGUAGAGUACUUAAUCUUUGCUUAGAGCAGAUCAACAUAAAUUCAGUUUUUGUAGCAUUCAAGGUAAGUCUGUUAGACACAAGCCAUUUGCUUAGCUUUUCAAGGUUGUGAGAUAGACUAGACUGGAUCAAAUGUAAAUCAGAGCCAGCAUAAGUGAUGUGGAUGUCAUCAGCAUACAUUCUAAGUACACUGAAUGAUAGACAGUUAGGCAAAUGGUUAAUACAAAUUAGAGGUAAAAGAGGGCCAAGGAUCGUUCCCUGUGGCACACCACAUUUAAUAUUGGUGAAGUCAGAGGGACAAUCGUUAACUGAGCACUGUUGUCAGUGAUUCGUCAAAUAUGAUUUAAACCAAUCAAGAGUUUUCCUUGAAUACCACAUUGAUUCAUUUUAGUGAGUAAUACCUCAUGAUCAGUAGUGUUGAAUCCCUCUUUUAAGUCGAGAAACACCACAGCAUUGAUGUAGCCAUGAUUGAUAUUAAAUGCCCAACUGUCAAUGGCUUCAAUUAAGAAGAGCAGUAACAGUUGAGUGUAAAGACCUGAAACCAGAUUGUUGUUUAGAGAUGAUUUCUUCAUUAUUUAUGAGGUUCAUAUAACUGAUCAUACACAAUCCUUUCAAACACUUUGGUGACUAUGGAAAUGACUAAGAUAGGUCAGUAGUUGUUUUUAUGUUGGUAUCAUUUAGCUCGGUAGAGUGCUUAAAUUUGGCAUACAUCAUAAGGUUUCCACUAUUUUACUGCUGAUGUCAUUGAUGACAUCAGGGGAAGGGAGGUUUUUUUUUUUCAUUUUUUGCUUCUUCAGUAGGUUUCUUUAUUUCCUCAUCCUAUAGCCAUUUCCUGUCCCAGAUUCCAAGUUCAAGUGACUCUAAAUAUAGAAAAAAAAUGUGUAUUUCUGGCCAACUUAAAUGUUAAUUAUAUAUUUUGGGUGUUAAACAACCACUCAGUUUCACUUACUUUUGGGAUAUGAUGCAUUCUUGAAGCCUUGUAGUGCUUAACACUUUGAAUAUUUCAACCCAUAGAGAUGACCCCCAGCUUGAUGUUGCCACUGUUAACUCUGAAAGAUUCUAGUCAGUUAAGAUGUCUAUUAUGGACUCAGGAAUAAAGCAAUAGCUCCAUUCAAUUUUAAAAAUCUUAGAGGAGGCCGCUGUUUGUUUUUUAUAAGGCCUAACACAUGAUAAUGGUCUUCCAACUUAAUGCAGCCUGUGAUAUCUAGCACUGAGGGUGUCUAGCUAUCAUUAUAUCUGAUUGAAAGGCUGGUGUAUCCUUUAAUUAUAAUUUCAUGUAGGAUCAGCUCAUUUUGCUUGAAAACUGCAUGUUUGUAUGCAAGCUAUAUGUUUUGGAUUGUGGAGUGGAUCAAGUUAGCAUACACUAACAUAAUGAAACUGGUUCUGCUAUGUAACUCUCUUGAGGCUCCUGAACCCAACAGAUUUUUGGGGAUGCUUCAGAGCUAGCACCUCUAAGUCUCGAGUAUAGACUAUUAUAAAUCUAAACAAAAGUACAUAGAAUUCCAUAAUUAUAGUUUCUGGUUUCUUUUAUACUAACUCCUUGCAAGAUUUUGUAACAUUGUUACCUAGAUAACAAGCUACGUGUGGACCCACUGAAAUUAUAAGAUAAGAUAAGGACUUUAUUUAUAGAGGGGGACACGUAACAGCUGAAAAGCUGACAAACCUGUGGCCCUCUAACUAGAUUAUACAGCAUUACAAAAUAAUACUAAUAAAUAGAUAAAUAUACAAAUAAUUACAAAAUUCUAUGAUAGAAAUAGCAGGAUAUAUUAAAAAUAUUCAGAAAGAUAAAAUUAAUUUAUAAAAAAUUAAAAUUAGAUAAUGUGCUAUUGCUUAAUAUUGUUUCAAAGUUGUCCAGGUUUCUAUAUGAGCUUAUAAAAUACUUUUUCACAGCUGUUUUGAAUAGUUUUAUACUAGGCUUAUUUUUUUGAUAUUAUGGGGAAGGCUGUUCCAUAACUUAACUGCGUCAACACUGAAUGCCUUGCCACCAUCGUUAUUUCUUAGGUAUUUGGGACACACUAAAUUUAAAUUGCCAUGUCUAGUAGACCUAUUGUGUACAGAACUGUUCGUCUUGAGCAAGUCUCUGAUGUAAUCGGAACAUCGCCUUUUAAGGCUCUUAAAAAUCAUUGUACACUUAUUUAGUUUGAUUUCAUCAAAAAGGCAACCAGCCUAGUUUACUAAAGUUUAUAACACUUCUAGAAUAAGAGUCAACUCCAAGGAUUACUCGGGCAGCCCUUUUCUGUAACCUUAGGAGACAGUGGAGUUCUUUAGCGUCAUGAGAUAUUCCAAACCAUGCUCCCAUACAUAAGGACGGGUUUAAUCAAGGCGUUAUAGUAUAAGAGUCUUUCUUUUAUUGGAAGGUACCUCUUUAUCUUCUUCAAUAAACCAAUACGCUGAGAAAGCUUGGCCUUUAGACUAGAAAUGUGGUCGCUAAAUGUAAGAUCUUGAUCGAAAGUGUUACACCAAGCAAUUUAUAAGAAGUUACUUGUUCUAUUUCGCCCCAUCAAGGGUUAUUGACAGGUGAUUGCCUUCCGCUAAUGAUGAAUGUAGCCUCUUUCGGUGAUAAGUAAUGCAUUGGUUUUAACGGCGUUUAGGACCAUCCCAUUUUCGCUAGACCAUUUACUUAAUUUAUCCAUGUAUUCUUGAAGACGUCGUUCCAAUUCCAAAGGUGCAUUAUCGAUAUUAGCGCUGGCUUUAAAUGUGGUGUCAUCCGCGUAAGCAUGAAUAGUUGAGUCCGAUCCAACAGCUUCGGGAAGAUCAUUGACGAAAAUUAAAAAAACAGUAGAGGUCCUAAUAUGCUACCUUGAGGAACUCCAUUGGUUAGCGUAAGUUGUGACGGUAAGUCGAAGUUAUUUACAGUAACACACUGUUUGCGAUUGAGUAGAUAGCUCUGCAAUAGCUUUACAACAUUAUCUGGAAAUCUAUAUGAUCUUAACUUUAUCAGGAGAAUGUCAUGAUUGAUCAAGUCGAAUGCCUUGCUAUAGUCCACAAAAACUAAGCCGCUGACGUUGUUCUUAUCAAGGUCAAGAAGGACUUGGUCCAGAAGAAACAACAAAGCAGUAUCCGUGGAGUGGUUUUACGGAACCCUGAUUGGAAGCGGUAUAAAAGUGAAUUUUCUGUUAAGUAGGUGUUCACAGCAUUGAAGAUGUGUCUUUCAAAGACUUUAGAAAGAAUAGGCAAAAUGCUAAUAGGACGAUAGUUUUGAAUAUCUUGCUUGUUUCCUUGAUUCUUGAAAAGAGGUUUAACCUUUGCUAUUUUCCAUUGUGAGGGAAAUGUACAAGUUUCAAUACAGUGAUUUAUAAUUUUAGCUAUGGAGCAUGAUAUUUCAGGAGCUGCAAUCCUUAGAACUCUGGCACCAAGCCCAUCGAUUCCGUGGCUUUUUGUGUGUAGGUAUACUUAGAAGAUAAUCGUUAACCUCACUAGGAGUUAUUUGCGGAAUAAGAUUUUCAAUUUGACUGUUAGAUUUGUCUGGUGGACCAGGAAGAGCAUCAUAAUGAAGUACAGGUGUCGACUUUUAUGAGACGUUUAUAUACAUCAACGAAGAAGCGGUUAAAGCGUUCAGCGAUUGAAUGGUCAUCCUUUAUCAAGUUGUUGUUUUCGUCAGCAAUAGGGACGGAGUCGUCGUUAUUCUUUGUAUCUUUAGAUAGGUCUUUAAUUAAAGACCAAAGUUUCUUUGGACAUUUUUGAUUUUUACUGAACUGAGUUUUAAAGUACUGUUCCUUCGCAUUUCUUAGUUUCCUCGUCACUUUGUUUUUAACCAGUUUAAAAGCAGACCAAUCUUGCUUAUUUUGUGUUCUCCUGGCCCUCUUUAGAAGAUUAUCGCGUUUAUUUAUUUCGUUGUAUAGAUCAUUAGUGAACCAUUUUGGCUGAUUGAUUUUCUUCACACUCUUGGACUUUAAAGGUGCGUGAUUAUCAAGAAUGUCAUUAAAGAUUUUGUACCAAGAUUCAACAAUGUCAUCGGCAUCUCGAAAAACAAAGGAGAUAUCCCAAGGGGCUUCUCUGAGGUCUCGCAGAAAGCACUCUUUGUUGAUUUUGUCGAUAUUUCUGUAUUUGAUUUUGGAAUGUUGUUUACGUUGUGCAUCCAUGGUUUUGUAGCACCUCAAGAUGGUGACCGGAAGGUGAUCGGAAAGUCCAGAUUUACCUAUGGAUACUUCUCUAAUUCUAGCAGGAUGACUAGAAUAAAUAUGGUCUAAGCACGCAUCAGAGGCAGGUCUUGUUACCCCAUUUACCAUCUGCGUUAGUCCAAGACUGUUCAGUGCCUUUUUGAGACAAUGUUUUGAAUAACAGUUGAAAUCAAUAUAAUCCAAAUUAAAGUCUCCCAGAAUAAUCAAUUCAUUGUUUUGGAGAUGGGCAUUUUCAAUAUUUUUACCCAAGCUCUCAUUAUAAUCUUUGUUGGCUGAGGGUGGACGGUAAACACCAGAUAUCAAAAUCGGUCUCUUUGAUUUAUGAGGACAAAUUUGAAGCCAGAGAGUUUCAAGAUCAUCCAGUUCCAAAUCUCUUCGACGUAAAGCCAUAACUUUCUCAUUUACAUACGCAAAUAUGCCGCCACCUUUCUUCCCGAUUCGAUCUUUUCUGUGUAAUGUGUAGCCGGGUAUCAUGUAAUAGCUGUUUGGAAUUUUACUUGAUCCGAACGUCUCAGUGAGAAUUAAGACGUCGAGUUUAGCAGCACUGUUGUUAUUCGAGGUGAGCAUUAGCGAUAGUUCUUCCAAUUUGGUGUCAGUCAGUCGUUGGAUGUUCCAGUGGCAGACUGAUAAACCUCUGAAGCCUGCAGGUGGUUGAAGAUUAUUAGGCCCUGGAUUGACGGCAAUAUCGCCAGAUAGAAGAAUGCACAGACAAAAUUGGCCAAGCUUGAUGAACCGCAACAACGCGUGAAGCUUCAAAUUCAAUUCGCAAGGUGUGCAUUUCGAAGGCUUUGACUUACAGUUGAACGUAGGUGGAGCAGAUAUUUCCUUCCCAAUGAAGAGUGUAACUGUAGAGCGAUCGAAUUCAGGUGUAAUUGAAGUAAAUUGGCCAAGUAAAACGCUGAAAAUAGUCAAUAGAAGCACGACUGCAAAAAUAUGUCUGCACGCCAUGACUAAUUUAUUCCUCAUUAUUCUUGUAUUGUUAAGCAACCAUUGAUCAAUUCACAUACACUUACUGAGGAUAUCUUUGUUACAACUUCAGUUGGAAGCUCUCUUAAUUGGAACCUCUAAAAAACUAUACAAAGUUUAAUAGGGCCUAAAAUCAUCAAGUGGGAACAUGGAAAUAUUUUAAGAUGCACAAGUAGUAUUAUCCACCUUUAGAUGUUAGAACUUUUCAGACAAGCCACUCCAUUCUUAAGGAAAAUCAAAUUUUUUCUUCUGUCUUUAAAUUAGAUUUCCUCCUUUCUCCAAUACUCUCACAGGUAUUCUGGCUAGUGAGCUAUUUUUUGCAUUUCUUGCUCAAACCUCUAGUUUGCAACAAGAAUAUUACUUCCAGUAUAAAGGUGAAUCACGUUGUAUUUUUUGUGUUGCCUCUCCACUUUCUACCUGUGCAAUUCCUUUCCCAUCAUCUCCUGUAGUUUCUUAAUAAACAUCAGCACCUCUUGAUGGUCUAGAAGAUGGUUUCUUUGGUAAUGUCAAACAAGCUCAAAUCUUGUGCUAAUUAUUACUAGGGAACUACAUAGCCUGAAUUUAAGCCACCUUCUUGCUCUCAAGUAUUUCUCACUCAAUGUUCUGAGUACUGCCUGUUUUGCAUUUUCACCAAAACUAAGACUGGACCUUGUUGUAUAAACAUUUCAUCUGCCUGUUUGCCUCAUAUCAGCUAUGGCUGAUUUCAAUUUAGUUUUAAGGACCAACCUAAAUUAUCUUGCCAUAAGUUUUGGGAACACUUAUUCACAAUUGUAUUGAAAUAUAACUCUCCUCUUUAGGGGGGUAAAGUGUGUUUGUAGAGCUCUGAUGAAAUGACUCUGCCUCAUUGUAAAUGUAAUGCCUGCGACAGGUUGAGGAUGUUUUUAAUUUGCUGAGUGAUAAUCUCUCUUUUGGGAAGUAGCAAAAUGUUUCAGCACAAGUUGUUAGCAGUGGUCUCCAUACAGUCUAUUCUUAAUGCAGGAAAUAAAUUAAUUUCUUUGCAUUUGACUUAGCUUGGGCUUAAGAACAGUUUAUUUUUGGGUAUGAUUCUUCAAAAUGCAAAGGAAAAGUCAAAAACUCUCCAUUCUGCAAACUCCCUUUGCAAAACAAUCGUGAUGGGCAAUCAAGUUAUGCAAUGUUUGAUAAAAGAACAAUCAAUACAAGGAGUUUAGUAAGUUCUCCUUUUAACUUUAGGUAAUGGCAAGCAGCAUUCAGCAUGCCACUGGUGUAUUCUUUUUAUCCCAAAGAAUUCAUGGUUUCUCUUUCAUCAAAAUUUCAAUUCUCUGGGUUGGGGAUGCUUUAAUAGAUCCUCUUUCAGGCUAAGUUCUAAGUGAGGUGUGGCUUGAUUGGCUCUGUUCCUAUUUGUUUGUGCAGCAGCAAAACAAGAAAAUUGGGAGUAGCUUUAAAGCUGGGGUCCUUAGUUUAAUGAGUGACUACCUGAAUUAUCCCUUAAUUCCUUAGGUUGGUUGUUGGAGACCAAUUGCUGGAUACUUUUGAUUAUUUUAUUGUAACUGGGUAAAUUUUAAGACUCAGUCCGAGUAAGAUUUGCUAUGCCAUAUGAGGAAUAAUAUAAUUUCUUUUACCUUUCAGAGGCAUUACUUAUAAACCUCUCUUUAGGAGGAAAAUAUUUCAUUGAAGGAUCCAUUGCCACCAUAACCUGUAAAGCUUCUGGGAAACCACCACCAUAUGUAGCAUGGAUUAGAAAUGGAGUACGGAAAAGUUCAGGGAAGGAAGCUGCAUCUUUGGAGUUCAAUAAUAUAAACAGAACAGAUGCAGGACAAUAUACAUGUCAAGCCAAUAACUCAAUGGAAGUCACUUCCAUUAACACAACAAUUGUAGUUCACUGUAAGUAUAUUUUAACCUUAAUUUUCUAUAUCUGAAUUUAAUUUGAGUUUACAAUGCGACUCCUGUUAUUAGGGUCAGUUACACAAAACUGACAAAUCUGUCCAAAAGUGCAAGAAAACUGAAUUCCACAUCAAAUCUUUUUUGGCUUUGUAUGCAUUGGUCCUAAGUACUGGUUGGGACACUUGAAUUUCAGUGGAAUUAUUACUCACAUUAUUUUGCUUAGGAGGACAUCAAAAUGUUUUACCAAGUUGUUGCAUCAGUUGAAUUGUGUUAAACUCAGAAAAUGGCCUAAGGCCAUUUCUGAGUCAUUGUGACAACCCAAAAUUCACUCCAUUUGACUAUUGCACAAGGCUAGUGCAAACGGCCCUGGUUGAAGCUCGAUGGAAAUCUGAGAACUAGCCAAAAUUCCAAGUGUCAGCUGAGAAAUUGCACAUUUCAGUGUUUUACUGAUAGCUGAGAUAAGUGGAUAAAAGCAAAAAUGGGCUAAAACUAAAACCACAUGCUUAAGAUUUGUGCACAUAUUUGCAUGUGUGGCAUUAAAAAAGAUAUACUAUUUAAGGGCAAGAAUCCAUUUUAUAAUUCAUAAUUUGAAGGCCUUGCCACCUUAUACUGAAUACUUGAGUGCUAAAUAAUACAAAAGUGAUGGACUCUACUACUGAGUGAUUACAACCUUCACUUUUUUCCAUUUAAAGACUGGGAAAGGAAAGACAAAUGCUGUGCUUUGAUAAUUGAUCUCCGUGACUUUCUGGUUUGGGAGGUAGUUUGUAGAGUUGAAUUGAGAAUUAGUUAUGAGUUAACAGGCAUUUUUGUAUGUCACCCUUUCAACUCAUGGAAACAAGGCACAGCCAUUUAACCACUGGUAAUACCAAAACUAUUCACUUGUUAUGACAGAAACCUUCAGUUAUAGUUACAUCUUAACAACAUUAUAUCCCAAUCAUACUCAGGAUGUGUAAAUUGAGGUCAUGUGACCUACCAUAUGACCCUGGAGGAGUCAAAAUAGCCUUCUAAAACUGUUAUAAGAAUAUCUAUACAUCUUCUAUGGCAUAAAUUUAUGAAAUAUCCCUUAGUAUUCUGCUAUUAUCUAUGAAAGGGUUGCCCAGUCUACAGUUUCAGCCAAAUGUUUGUUUAUUAAGCUUAAAGCAAUGAGAUAAAUAUCAUUUUCGCCCAAUUUACGAUUUGACAUGAAAAAGAGGGGCAGUCAGGUUACCACUGUUUGUAGCCAUUUUUAUGUUUUUGUGAAAAAAAACUUCUGACUAUAUCAUUAGCUCUUAAUGGCAAGAAGCCAGGUGUCCUCAAUUUCUACAAAUUAUGUCACAUUACCAUGCAUGUGACCUCCAUUAGGGGCCUAAAUCUACCCUCUUGCCUUAUAGUGAAAUCAUACUUAUGUCAUCCUUCCAAAUCUUGUAUUUACACUACCUCUUACCUCACAGCGAUACAUAUUGCAACGAAAAAACACAAUAUCAUAACUUAUUUUGAUCUGUUGAGCUUUUCCAUUGUUAAUCGACAGAAAGCUAUCCUCUUAAGUAUGGAUGCCUCAUAUGUCAACUAUUUAACAGUUCCUCUUCAAAGAUACUCUCUUCACAGCUUUCUUCUGAGUCACUGAGAAGGUUUACUGGUGCUAGUGCUUUUGUGAUUGGCUGUGGUACAAGAAGCUCCCCGUUCUUCAUCCAUCCAUGACCCUCCAUUGAUUUAAGAUCCUGCAUAGGUUCAAGGGCAUGACUCCACAUGAAUGCUUUGUAGUUUGAUUGCUUCAGAUGUUGAAGUAGACAAUCAGUUGUUGGUGGAAGCAUUUUGUUUUUUUUUCCUUAUUCUGGCAGAACAUGUGAUAAUGUAAUUCAUCUGCAAUGCUUGUCUUUUUGCAGUCAUGUAAAAGCUGCAAACAAAGGUUUCACUUUUGCCAAAUCUGCAGAAAGCAACCAACAGGAAAUUGCAUUGGUUUACCUAGAGUUCAAAACAUAGCAUUCAUGUUCAAGAAUAAACAUACAUCAAAUGCAACAAAUGUUGAUUGCUACAGCUCUAAAUUUCUGGUAAUGAAACUAUAAACCAAUGGUGGAAAUAAAACAUGCUGAACUAAAUAAUUAAAGCCAUACCUUUUUUUUUGGAUUUGCAAGAUACUUUCCCCAUUGUCUUGGUACUGGAGUGGCAAGACCUCUGAUUUGCAUUUUGAGGCCAAUGAAUGUUCCCCUUUGCUGACGCCCUCCUUUCGUGAAGUUACUCAGUAUUGGUUAAAGACCACAUGGACUUGCAGACAGUUGCUAGAAAAGAGGAGGGAACUGAAGAUGUUGAAAUAUUUUUGUAAGAAUUCACUAAAGGUAUCUGCUCCAGAAGAUUUUGUCAACUGUAGAACUGCCAUGCCAUUGAUAACAACAACCUGUGGAUUUGUCAAUACUGUAAGCUGCUGAACUACAUGAAUGUCUUUCUAUAGAAGAGAGCAUAGUGUGCUCUUAACACCAUUUCUAAGACUUCCAUUAGUGAGUGAAUAUGGGAUUGAAGACAGGUCAAAGCUCAGCACAUCUUUCAGGCAGAUUGCAUAAGAUGAGGAGCUUGACAAACAAGUCCUUGUCGGCAUUAACAGUAAUUAGCUUAUUGCUGAAUUUGACUCCAACCUUAUUUGCACUGCUGAAUCGUGGAUCUUGAUGUUUGGAAUUGGCUCCCAGAAACCCUAGCUGUGAAAGAAAAUAUAAAGCUGUGUGGUAUAUGAAGCUUCAAUAGCUAAGUGGAAAACUGUGGGUUUGAGUCAAUGAAUUUAUAUCACCGGAUGUAAAUUGACAACUUCUGCUUAAAUAAAUUCUUCAUUUCUUCAGUUUGUAAGCCAUAUGAUAAAGCCAAUGGGAUCAUCCAACUUUCUUCACUGAGCCUGUGGCAAAUAGUUGCUUUAAUUAGUAUUAUUGCUAGAGUGCUUUCAAAUUAUGUUGAAAAUUUGUUUUGUAAAUUAAAAAUUAUACAUUCUGUUACAAUAGUUUGGAUUACUUGUAUUUUGAUAAGCAGCCAUUUUUUUUAUAUAUAUUUAUAUUUCAAAUAUUGUGUAGGAGAAACAUUGCCUCUAUUUAAAAUUUACUCGCCAAGAGUUUCGUAAUUUUUCUCCUGAUGAUCAUGUAUUAACAUCUUGCUGCAACUCACACGGCUGGAACUUGAUACUCACCAUUUGUGGAGGUCAUCUUGGUAGCUGGAAUUACAAACAAGGGAGGUCAGCUCUGUUUUGAUCUAAUGGCAUACUAUUAAUUGAGUGGUAAGUUCUGAUAAUUGUAACCCUAAUGUUUUGAAUUAAAGACUGUAGCUGUUGAUUGGCUGCUAACAAAAAUUGACUGUAGUUUCAAUCUUCGUGUUUACAUCUUUCAUUUUGGGAUGACUGAUUCAUCUACUGCGAUAGGAAAAAUUUACACGUGGUCAGCCAACUUUGGUUUAUGAAUCCAUCUCAAUGCUCUGAACUUCUCCGUCAAGGGAUUUUAUAGGGAACUUGUAGAAAUUUUGAAAUUGUAACCUUGAGCUUCCAAAUAGAUACAUUGUUUAAGAUCAUUUUGACCAAAUUUAAUUUUGCACCCAAAAGGAAACUGCACAAAAAGUCUAACUGCUUGUGAAACACAAGUAUUUUUAAAUUUGAUGGCCAGUAAGUUACAACUAAGUUUGUUUUACAGUGCAAGCACUUGAGGGAUUUUAAUGCAAAACUUAACGGUGAUGACAAUGAGGACAUUGCAAAACAAAAGCUGUAAUGGGCAGAAUAACAGUUUGGCACAUGCCUUUUAAAACUUUGUACAUUUCUUAGCUGUCCUCUGACAAACAACAGUGUGAAAUCACCAAAAUUUGCACUGUCUGUGAAUGAAAACCCCAGCGGCAAACAAUCUGCUUCCAUCUGGAACCCAACGUGGCUCACAUACAUUAUGCUGAAUCUAAAGUAACACUAGUGUGGCAUCAUAAGAAACUGUGAACACAUUCAGCCAUUCAUGUGUGAAAUUCCAACUAAAAAUCUAAAUUCCUUUUUUAAUUGACAUCUACCUCAGCAUUGCCAACUGCUAAAGGUCCAUAGUACUGAUUAACUGUCUACAAACUUCUGAAGUAGAAAUUCAGACUGCCUUGGUACAUUUCAAACUCAUGAAGUUAACCUGUGUACCUCAUGAGAUUCUUUUUGAUGAGCUGUCACAAUACAGAUUGAUGAUUGGACAGCUUUUACUCCUUGGGUAUCAUUAGCCAACUUAACAAGUUAAAAGGUAGCUGAUUGGCUAAUUUUGUACCAAUCAGUUCAUUCCAGAUUCUCUUUUUUUGUUUUUAGCCUGUGUUGAAAGGUUAUAGCUUGUUUUCUUGAUGUUUUUAAUAAACUUCCCAAUCAUAAAUGGCAGGAGGCAGACCAGUUGCCUACAGACAAAGUGCAGCUAAGGAGUUGAGCACGGGACAACCGAGAAGAUUGGUGGAUGACUUGCUGCAAUUUUCCUUUCCAAAAGCAAUAUAUUUCUUGCCCAGGACACUCCAUCAAUCAAUACAAGAUUAACCCACACACAAGAUUAAUACUUCCUCAUUGCAUUAUCAUACCCCCUCUAGACUUUUACAAGGGAUUAUGAUUAAUAACCAGGGGAAAUGUGUGAGUCAUGAAAUAAACAGAGACUAAGAUUUUGAUUUACAUUUUUAGACAAACCUGAAGGUGCAAGGCUCACUACCAAUGCUUCACAAAAUACCAUCAUUAAAGGAGAUACAGUUACAUUCAAGUGCAUAGUUAUGGCUGCUGUGCCACAAGUGUCAAUUUACAAGUUCUACUUCAAUGGCUCCCUCCUCAGUAAUAACAGCAACAGUGAGUAUACUCUCAAUAACGUCAACCGAUCUCAGCACCAUGGCGAGUACAAAUGUGUCCCACAUAAUGCUGUUGGAGAUGGAGCAGAAGCCACUGUGAGACUUAACAUAAAUGGUGGGUAGAAAUGUCUUUGAGCAUUUUUAAGUACUUUGGACAUAUAAUCCAAAAAACGUUUUUUACCUAUUUACAUUGCAUCAAUGAAACUUCCAACACUCUGAAUUAUUACAUCCCCAACCAGGGAAGAAUAGAGACCCUAGUAACAAGGUUGACAUGUUGUGCCUGCUCCCCCCCCCCCUCCCCUUACAGGCUUUUCCUGGGAGUAAUGGGAAUGAGUGCAGAGUGUGAGGUGGGUUAGGGGAAGGAAAAAAAAGUCCACCUGAAGAAGUGACUCCCUCAGCUUUCCACACAAUGCUCCUCCCCAAGGUACUUUGGAAAAGGGGUGGCGAAGGAUGCCUGUCUCAGAAAAUUUAGCCAGUGCCUAAUAGUAAAUGGAUGCCUAAUAGCUAAAGUUGUGCUUGAUAAUAAUGAACUGGUACCUAAUAAUGAUGAACAGGUGCCUAAUAAUGAUGGGCUUGUGCCUAAUAACAAAAUGGCAGGUGCCUAAUAAUUAAAACCAAUAACUUAUUAUGAUGAACUUGUGCCUAAUAAUAACAAAACAAGCCUAAUAAUGGUUCACAAGCACAUAAUAGAAACAAAACAAUGAUUUGGCAGGAAUGGCACCCUGUGGUGCUCACCAGGCUGAAGCAAUUAUCCUGUGUCCACUAAAAACUGUAAACUUGUGCUUUUCAUUAGAAUAUUUGCUUUUCAUUGGAAUAUUUUUAAACUAGUGCAAAUUAUGAUUAGCUGACAAAGUCAAAGUUUGCUUCCUUUUUUUUUUUUCAAUAUUUUUUUUAGUGUUUGUGCUACAUUUUAUAAUCUCAUCUCUAUAGUGUAUGAAGUGGAUGAUUUUGAACCAAAUCGCACUCUAAUGUUAUGGUGUGAAAACUCUUUUGUUCCCCUCCUCUUUUCCAGCUCCUGUCCAGUUCACAAAAGUGCCACAGAAUAUAACAGUUAACACUUCAGCUCCUCUGUUUUUGAGCUGUGAUGCCUCUGGUUUUCCUGAACCUAAGAUAAGAUGGGAAAAAUCUGGGAUUGAGUUGUCAGACACCAAACAGCUCAACAUCUCUAGUAGUAACAGGAACGAUGCAGGAGAAUAUGUUUGCAUCGCAAGAAAUGGAGUGAGACAGGAAAAGACAGUAAGAGCUUAUGUCACUGUGCAAUGUAAGUUUUUUUCAAUAUGUCAUGAAAAGCUGCCACAGCUGUUGAAUAAAUGAUACAGCCAGACUUAUAUUAAGCAGCACCAUAUUAAGUGGUCACCCUGUAUUUAGUGGUCAGUUCCAAAUUUUUUUCUCCUUAAUUGUUGUGAUUUUCACCUCUUUUUAGUGGUCACCUCUAAUAAGUGGUCGUGGUCACCUUUGAGUGAGUGACAACAGCCUGUUUGUGUUGUCUUCCACCUGUAAUGAAUGGUCACAUAAAGCGGAACAACUCAAUUAAAACUAAGGAUGAUUUUUUGUGUAAAUUCAAUCCAUGUUUAAAACAGGUUUCAUUAUUGUACAAAAUAACCAACCGUCCAACUAUGGCGAGAUUUUUUUAACUCGGUCUGUGCAUUAUUUCUCGACGUUUCGGGGUCAUCGUGACUCCAUUAUCAAGAGACUAGUUUAAAAACAUGCAAAUAAGGAAAGGUACAAGAAUAGCAUAAAUUAGAAUGAACGGCUUAAACAAACACCUUGGCGCGGAUGGAAUCCGUUGGCACGUUCAGUGUUGGCUUACGCAUGCGAAUAUACAACAUUUCAUUAACAAGGCAAUCAAAUUUGCCGUUACAUUUCGCGAUGACGUUGAAUUGCUCGAUCAAGCGUUCAGGCAUUUCACUAUUGUGCUGGAGGUGGUAGUGUUUGUAGAUAGAAGAUGAUUUCCUUGUGUGCCCUUCUACGCGCUCGUGUAAGUGACCACGAGUAUAGCCCACAUACCCUGCAUCACACAGGUUACAUUUAAAUUCAUAAACGAUACAUUGUUGGUUAACAAUUAUUUGCAUAAUGAUGUAGGUGAUUUAUGAGGCUUCCAAACAAACUUUGAAACAUUAUUUUUACAAGUAUCUGUCACUAUCUGACACCUGUCAAUUAGAGAGCACUUGAAAAAAAAGUGCAUGUACACUUUCGAAAAAAAGUUCAUCAACUCUCACAACAAUUUUUUCUUCAAAUACAGUCAAUGAUCUUUGGUAAAGUAUUAUUCAUUUCCAUCAACAACUCAUGUACAAAGAUUUACCUCUGUUCGGUCAGUAAAUGGCAACAAAAGUAAGUGCAAGUAAAUUCAAAUGUAUGAUUUGAAGUUGUGAGAGUUUGCUCGUUUGUUUGCUGCAAUUGGCGUGUGUAAAUCUGGUCUUUCUUCCACCCAAAAACUAAAUACAACUGAUGCACUUUUACUAGAUACAACAAGAGUCAAUACGACCUUUUCUCAGUGAGUUUCUUUGGUUUCUGCUCUGCGAUUUACAGUACAAAUGUCCACAUUAAACGGACUUGGAAAGACUUAUUGAAAGCGUAUUUGUAACAGAGCUGAAAACUUCACUCACCCAUUCACAACGAACAAGAGAGAAUUCACAUAAUACAUAGAUUUAACCAAGCCUAAAAGCAGAGCUUCAGUAAAUUUAUUUUCUAGCCCUUCACUUUAUUAAAAGACCUCUGCAGUCGUUGUCAAAGAGGUUAUCGAAGGGGACCAGCUGGGGUGGGGUAUGGGGGAAAAUUGACGGGGUCUGAAUCGAGGGAUGAUGUUUUCACAACUUACAAAAUGACCAGUAUAUGUGCUAGUCAGCGGUAUUUCAAGCAGAGGAAGACCUUUGUUGAUAUUCCUGUUGUUUUGAACAGAUUUUCUAGGAUAGGGAAUGUUUUCUUCUUUAGAUGUAGUGUAUGAUGUUUGUAUCAGUUGAAAUGAUAUUCUAUUGAAAUGAAUUAAAAUAUUGGUUUGCGAAAACGAGCCAAAAUGAAAGAAACGACCAUAAACGACUUCGAGUUAAGAUAUCAGCGUUCAAUUGUAAGGUAUACACCUGAGAACUGUGAGUCGGUGAAACAGUGCUCCAGAAUUGUAUGGGCUUCUGUUAUAGCUGAGCUCGCAGAGCGUAGCCCCAUAAUUAUACAAAAUAGUAGUAACCCAUCAAGCCGAAAAAAUUUGGAUGUGCGACCGUACGACCGUCCGACCGUAUGACCGUACAAGAUGCUACUUUUAACAUGCGUGGUCAACUGUACCGCGGGCACGUCAACGCCACGGCUUUGUUCAGUAGUCCAGUGGUCAGUGCACUGGGCUCCGAGUCGGACGACCCGGGUUCUAGUCCUGGCCGGGGCAAGGCGUUGUGCCCUUGAGACGUGCGGGAAAAGAAAAUGCGAGCUCCGCUUUUAGGCUAAGCUAAAUCCAUAUAUUAUCUUCUCUUGGUGUCGCUUGGUAUGACUGUUCGCUCCGCUAAUUUUUCUCCUAUGUGUCAACCUUCUCUAGAAAGCAUUAAAAAUUGGAAAGAAAUGCAGGUCAAACCUGUUAUUUUUUAACUUCUCUUUUACCUUUUCGUUGACCAGCUCCCAGUUGGCUUGUUAGCUCAAUUGGUAGAGCGCUGCACCGGUAUCGCAGAGGUCAUGGGUUCAAAUCCCGUACGGGCCUGAAUUUUUUUCAGGUCCUAUUUACAACUUCUCGUUUCAGUAGUGUUCUUAGCUGCGAGGAUCUCUUAAUUUCUUCUCUUUUACCUAUUUGCGUUUCACUAUUGUGGUCUGGCUGGAAUACGCGGCAUCAUUUUCAGAUUUUUCUGUAACUUCAUUGGGUAACCUCAGCUGUAACUGCAACUCUCUAUGAUUCUGGUAACUCUAGCUACUGAAAUACGAAAUUUGACCUUCAUCUGUUUCUUUCUUUGCAAGAGUUUUACAAGGACAAGCUCAACUAAAAUAUCAUAUUUCAAACUUGAUGAUGAAGAUAGACUUACAAACUAAGAAAAAAUGCAUAGAUUUCUUCUAUAAUGUACAGAAAUUAAUUCCAAACAUCUGUCAAGUUUCCUCUUCCGUUUUAAGGUUAGGUUAAUGUUGUUAUUGGCCUCACUGAAGAGGUUGAAAAGUUUAGUCUCCCAUGUUCGCAAGAAAACUAAUUUCCUGGAAGGAGGAGUUAUGGCAACAUUUUCGCAUGAAACACAAAAAUAAAUUUAUUGAUCCGAGAAAAGUAUUCAUUUGAUCAUCUCACUACCACCGCAUUUUAACAUCGAAGUUUUUUAAAAGACAUGGGUAUUAGUUAUAAUUAGCCAAUUCAAGUUAUACAUCGGAUGCAGUUUUGUCUUCCAUUUUUCCACUAACGUUACAACAGGCUGCCAAAACUUUGCAAAGGAUUUCAACCCAACCUUUUUCCACAACUUGUAAAUUCCAUUGUGAAAUAAUUAUGCUGGGAAAUAGGAAAUUAGUGGCAUAAAUGCCAUGUCUUGCAAAAUAAGAGUUAUAGCGAAAUUAUAAGAGUUUGUAGGGAAUAUUUAUGACCGCUCUGAGGAAGUAAAAGUACCGUCAAACUCUGAAUAAAACUACCUCACCUUACUGUCACAGUGCAUCACUUGUUGUUUUACCGCUUACUUUGUUGUAACGAAGCUAUUUUAGCAAGUUAUCCAUUUCUAGGUUUCUUACUCCUAAGAGAGUAAGUAGUAAGCGCCCAAUUUUGUUCAUGUCGUUUCUCGCUCUCUUUCACGUUUUUCCGACCCGCUCGCGCUUAUUACUUCUUCUCUCCUUUUCCUGCCUAUUUUCACUCAAAUCCUCUCACCUCAAACUUAAAUUAAAGUGAUUUCUUCCGGUAGACAUAGCUCAGACUAUAAGUGUUGUUGCUUGCAUGUACAUUGACUAGAAUUGCAAAAAUACCGAUAAUUAGUGGUGUUUGUAACCACAACUUAAUCAGUAUGAUUUUCCGCUCAAAACGCGGGUUGCAAAGUCUUUGCUUGCGCGGCGUGAUGUCUACCAGCAGCCCACAUGAAGCCCUCGUGUAAUUCCUCGUAUGGUGCACCGAAGAUCGGCAUUCGAGUAUGCUCACUUCAUCACUUUUUACAUAAUUUUUAUAAAGGGGGUAAGUUUCUAAUGAAACUGAUGUUGCGUCGGUGGGAGAGUAUAACAGGGUAAUUUUGUAUUAUCAACUCAGGUGAUAAUGUAAAUUGGCCACCGCAAAGAGUUAAAAAGCUUACGUUUCGAACGUUACCCCUUCGUCAGAGCAAAAAUUGGAUGAUUCUGCGACUCACUUGGGCGUUACCGUGCCCGUGGAAAAUACUUACCGCGCCAAGAACCCAUCAGAUUGCAGGAUUCGUUACUGUGCCCUCAAAAAAAAAAAAAUACACCUUAUUCUAGUUGCGAAAUAAUUUUUCCAAGCCCUGAAUAGGCGAGGCAAAAUACUAGCCACUAGCAAGAUUUCCUCUCCUGUUGUGUUAAACCAUCGAAUAAGAGAUUUAUUAUUCCACUAUUAUUUUCAGUUUUUAGUAUUUUAACUUUUAUUGUGCGAAUUACAUCCUACGGCCUUAUCUGUGCAUCGUAUCCAUUUCAUAAGAUAUGCGCAAAAGAUGGAAACAACCAGAACUAAAGCAUUCAAAUGUCCUUUGUGUUCUUUUGUGCUUAAAAGUUCGCUUCUUUAAAAGUCAAAUUUAAAAAACGAAAAAAAAAAACCAAUGUUUGGAUCGUUCAGCGCUGCCAUUAUAUUGCGACUUAUUUUUGCCUUGCUCUAAAAUGUAAUACUGUGGCAUAUUUUGCCUUUCUCAUUACUUUAUUAGGUAAAAUGACACAGUAGUGGAAUGAUAAAGCUCAUUAAUGUUCUGAUUCAUAUGAAUUAUCACCAAUUAGUUAUUCAAUUGCUUAUUGUUUUUGUAUUCAUUCUUAGACCCGCCCACAAUUCAAAAUGUCACCACGUCAUCUAAGAAGUCUUGGAUUGGCCAGACAGUGACUUUGAAGUGUCUUUCUGAUGGUGUUCCUGCACCAACACUCUCUUGGUACAAACCUGAAGGAAGAGGAAUAAACAAUGUCACAGCCAGAGAAAACAAAAUACAAGUGCCACUUAGGGGUGAUCAAGAUUUCGGUGAUUACAAGUGCAUUGCUGCCAAUGGACUUACUCCAUCUGAUGAGAAAUUAAUAAAGAUAAAUCAGAUACGUAAGUAAAAAAGAUCAGUGUAUUGUGAUACGAAGAAAACUAUAUAUAAGGUCAGCAUUUUAUUUUGCGUUUACUCAUUAUCACUGUUUCAGGUGCAGUAGAAGUAAAAGCCAAAUUUUCUCACAAAGCACUCGACAGAGUAACUUAUUCACUUUGUACAUCUCAUUCGAUAAUUUAACAUUUAAUACGUGCGGAUAUUUUGCAAGGCUUAUAUGCGUGUGGAAAAAAAUAAGCUUAUGUUAAACCAUCGAGUGAGGGAUUUAUCAUUCUACUAUCCUUUCAUUUUUAACUCGUGAAUUGCGCGCAGGCGCAAGAGCCAGUUAUAGAUACGAUGUGGGGAAUGGCAUUCGCUCGCUCGCUCGCCCGAUUGGUCGAUUCCUGUAAACUUUUUUUAGAUUUUAGGCUUUUGAGUGCAUUUGAUAGUUUUUGGCGAGCAAUAAACAGACGAAAUGGCGACCUUUGUUGCUAAGAAUAGUGGUGGGGUGAAAAAGAAGCCAAUGAUAAUCUUAAAAGAGUUUUUUUUUUCGUUUUAGUUUCAGUUAGGCAUGCAAGGAUUCACACUGAAAUAACAGAACAACCUUCGUUUUUUAUAAAAUUGUAAUUUACAAUCCUUGAACUUGAAAACAAUCCGAAGAUUCAUUGAAAAUAUCACUUACUGCGAAGCGCUCGGAGUUUACAGAUGUUCAAAAGCUUUUUCUGUUGUGGCGUGAGAUUGAGGACAAAAUUGAUCAUUACGUUUCGUCGCGUGUGUUUUUCCUGUGUGAAGCAACUGAAGAUGCCGGCGACUGACGAAAUAACAAGUUAACACGAAAAUCAAAUAACACCUAAACAAACAAUUUUAGCUACCAAUUUUCAGUGAAUUUUUAAAGAACAAUUUUUUUUUUAAGUUUCAAGACAAUUUGAAGAUUCAAAAUACAUACAACUUACUAAAAUGCGAAAGUUACACACCACAAAAUUGAUAAAUAGGCCUGAAAUGAAAUUCUAUCUUGUUAUUGAUUAUACGUUGCCUAGCACGUGACUUUAAUCUACCCAGGCGGAGAUCCAAAAUGACGGUGGCAGGCUUGGCUUAUACCCCGUUCACACCAAAACUUAAACAUGUUUAAAUCUUGUUUUGCUAAACUGGUUUUAUUAAACUACCUGUUCACACCGCGGGCGCGUGUAGCCAAACAUGUUUAAAACCGUGUUUAAUAAAACUACCUAAAUGAGGUUGUUUAACUUUCGUGUUUAACUAAACACAUUAAAGAUGGCGGUUGCCAAAAAAACCCGCGGAAGGAUUUGGGAAAACCAGGAAACGUUAUUGUUACUACAGAAGUGGGGGGACGAAAAUAUACAAAUGAAGUUAAUAUCUUGUACCAGAAAGAGGCCUAUAUGGCAAGAAAUAAGUGAUUUUAUUCGAGCGGCAGGCUACGAAGACCGUGAUGAAGAUGCCUGCAAAACAAGAGUACACACAUUAGUAAGUGCGUAUCGCUCCUACAAAGACGAAUGUGAGAAGACCGGAAACGGGACUCCAAAGAGGAAGCCGGCGUUUUUCGACGAAGUCGAUGAAUUUCUCUCAAAAAAACCAUGUACCAAACCGAAGGUUAUCAUUGAGGCGGACAACGAAGAAGAAGACAAUGAAAAAAUUAAGAACGAUGAACCAAACGAAGAGUUGCCUUCCUUCAGCGGCGGCACCAGCGUCGGCAGCAGCAACAAAACAGCCGGCAAAUUUCCUCAACCAAACAAGGGUGAAUGUUUGACAGGUGAGCUUUGAAAACUUUCGCUGAUUGGAGGGUCAGACAAUAGGCCAAGAAAAUGUUUCAAUAUCGGCGCCUACGUUGUCUGUAAUCUCUAACAAAAUUUCUUGAUAAUUUUACUUCCAAGAUGAGUGGAGUUGAACAAAAAUAUUGAGAUAAGUAUUGGCUCAAACUUUAACUUCUGCCUUUAAAGAUUUCUUGUAUUCCUUCACAGAAAGAACAACAGAUGCUGGCAAGCCAUUUUUCAAACCCGCUACGAAGAAGCGGAAGGUGUCAACGACGGAUGCCUUAACACAAAUUGACAAGGCGUUGAGGCAUUUGUUUCCUAUCAACAAGCUGCUGAUAGGAGUUUUCUUGCUGCAGAGGAGGCUCGUGAAAGACGAGAAGAAGAAAGGGAGGAGAGAAGAAGGAAGGAAGACCAGGAGUUUCUGCUGAAAUUGGCGCAGGUACUUCGAAAAUAAAAAGUACGUGUCUUCAACAAUUUAAUUUGCGAUCGUACCUGCGACAGUUUCAGUUGGUUUAGUUUUCGGCUUUAUUUAUGCUGUAAGUUGAACGAUGUUUCACGAAAUCUAAUGGCCGAUUCCCAGUCGUUGGAGAAGGAGCAAGAAAAAAAAGAAAACUAUAUUGAACUUAACGCUUAGAUCAUUGAUGUUGACAUGCUCUGAUUAACUUUUCUUUACUUGAACUAAUUGUCUUCUAUAGUUGUCUUCAAUUGAAUAUGCUUUUUUUUUCUUUGAGAAAAUAAAAAUCGUUUUUUUCCUUUAAGUGUUAUUUUUAAUUUUCCGGCAGAGCCUAGUUGUUCAGAGGCCGAUUAACACUAAUCCAGGGUUAAAUUUUGAUUCAGCUUCUUUAUUUCUUUAUUCAGGAGUCUCUUUUGGGAUAAUUUUCCCUAUUCCUUUUAGACCAUCUAAUCAUCAAAUUGUAGACAAAAAAAAAAGAAAAUGGAUUUCUUUUUAGAUUUUCAUAUUUGAAAUCAAAUUUCACACUAACCCUGGGUUAAGUUAAGCCACCUUUGAACGACCUGGCCCAGAGUAUUUAAAAAAUGCUCCGGAAAAUUAAUGAAAUAAAUGAAUAUUUUUGUGCACAGUGGUUAGGAUCUUUUGGAAAAAUUGAUUUAAUAUUUGAAAUAAAGUUUUGAUCCACCUUUAAAAUGAUGAAAUUUGUUUCUGAGGUUCCAUCAGUUGUUCAGAGAGAGAGGGUCAAAUGAAUGAUGUCUUUUAAGUCUCCUUGAUAAAUUUACAACAGAGAGCUCUGUGUGUUUGUUUGCUUAAUUAUUCUUUCUUGUAAGGGACUAACCAAAAAAGUCUGGUGUAUAAUUACACAGUCACUUGCAAUGGAACAAGAGCAAAAAGUUAGUGAAUUAAAUUAGUUUUGCUGACAUUAAUGCCAGCUGAGGCCAUGUCACUGAGUGAGUAGAUCUCCUUGCUAUUCGAACUGAACACUUUGAUCGAAAAGCUGAGAUUGUCCCCCUCCUUCUUUAUGCCUACAUCUAAUACUCAGAGAGGAAGAUGCAAGUCUUGCACUCAAAUUAGUAUUUUAUGUGAACAUGUAGUAUGCAUGGCUAAAUUAGCAUAUGUCACACCAUGGGUUUCAAACUACUCCCUAAUUUUUUAGCAUAAUUUCAGUGCUAAUAUGUUUAUUUCACAUGUGAAAUGGCAAACUUGCAAUGACUGCAUCUUUAAUUGUUCUGAGAUGGUGUCCAGGUUUUGAAAUGUCAAAAAAAAAAAAAAUGGGGGUUUCCAAGAACACCACAGACAAUCAAAGUUUGUCAUCAGUAAUUUUAAUUUACACAAUUGACAAUUUACUUUUCAAAUCUCAUUUAUACAACUGUAAUUACAAAUGGAACACUGUUUGACCCUCUUAGAGGAGUGUCCUUCAAAAGAUCUUGACUCUUCCAUUAUUUAUGAAACUAUUUGCACUGUAUACAAUAAACCUUAAAGGGAGAAAGUAUUCAUAUAAACGACUUUUUUGAGCUAGAGGUGCAAACUCUUUGAUGGAUUAUUUGCCUUAUGUUGAACACUCAUGUUCAAGUGAUGCAUGUGACAAUGAAUAUUUAUUUUAAGAAUCUUUUAAUUGCAUCUCUUAUUGCAACAGCAUUUGUGUUCUGCCUUUGGUUUGGAUCACCUGGACAAACUCCAGCAUGAAUGUGAAUAUCAUUGAGCCAUUGGUCAUCAAAAGACUCGUUUUGCAUCUCACAAUAAUUAUGUAAAACACAACACGCUGCGAUGACAUUGCAGGCAUUUUCAACUUUUAAGUCCAGUCUCUUCCCAAUGCUUCUGAACCUUCCCUUCAAUCGACCAAAGGCAUUUUCAACAACUACUCUAGUCGUGCUGUGUUUUAUGUUGAAACUGCGUUCCUCCGGGGUCAGAUUUCCACGAUCAAUAUAUGGUUUCAUCAGCCAAUUGCUGAGAGCAUAAGCUGAGUCACCUAAUAUCAGGGGAGGAACUUGUACACCAGAUAUCAUCACCGACAUAUCGAGCGAAAGAAAACAACACAAGGCAAACAAUGGAGAGUUCUUGAAGACACGUGCGUCGUGUACUUUACCCGGCCAUCCAACACAUAUAUCAAGAAAUAGAUAAUUACAAUCUACUAGCCCCUGAAGGAUUAAUGAGUGGAAUCCCUUCCUGUUAACAUAAUCAUCUGGACUUUGCCGAGGUCCAAUGACUGGGACAUGGCAACCAUAGACUGCUGCAACCACCUGGGGAAAGCCCGCGCGACUUUUAAAACCUUCAAUUUUUUCUUGGACUUCAUGUUGAUUUUGGGGAACGUUUAUAUAAUUGGGAAGAAGAACGUUCACUAUCACCUCGCAUACCUGUCGCACAAUACCACAAACAGUGGAUUUUCCGACACCAAAUAGAUUUCCGAUCGUUCGAAAGUGAGCCGUGUCCGCGAGCCAAUAUAAUGUUAUGGCAACUCGAUGGCGCACUGUAAUGGCUUUCCUGUAAUUGGUGUCCCUUUUAGAGAUAUGUGGCGAAAGUUCUCGGCAAAGGCGAUUAAAUGCUUCUUUAGACAUGCGGAAAUUCUCAUUCCAGUCCUUUUCUUCCCAAUCUUGGCAAGUCUCUUCCCAAAAUAUCUGCGACCGGGGUUUUAGCCAAAUACGGCGAACAGGAAGAUGUCGGAGAAGAAAUCGAAGCAAAAACGGAAAAACAAUGAUGAAACGAGACGUCUCCAACGGACAUAACGAUUAAACCGUCUCUCUGCGUUUCUCUGUCGGUUUUGUGUAAUUCUGAGGUUUUCCCUCAGCCGUGACUGCGCCAACAACAGCAGGAUAUUGUGAUUUAAACUUACCGCCAUUUUGAUUGCGUCUUUAAUUUUGUUGGCAACAAUUAAUAUCAAAACGAGGCUGCGCAUUACCUAACCCAGUCUGCAGUGUGAACGGUUCUUGAGCAAAACAUGUUUUAUAAAACCAUGUUUAAAAAAACUACGUUUAAUGAAACUUGUUUAAAUUGGUGUGAACAGGGCAUUAGUUAUAUCACUCAAAACUCGUUUCCGUUUGUCUCAUUUGAUAAAGAGGGAAUCGUUAAUGUUUUCAUUAAGACAGUAUUGCCUUGAUUUUCUAAUAUUUAUAACGAAAGACAGUAAAUUUCACUUUUCACCCACAUUUACUUCCAACCUUUUCUUUUGAACCAGAAAAAAAAAAAUGAUAGACGUUUAAAACACAUGGCAUCAUCCACCUUGUCAAAUGUAAUAGCAUGAUCAUUUCAAUUGUAAUGCCUUCUUAUCCCAACGUUACUUUGUUUCUUUGCUACAUUAGCGAACACUGAACUACUGCUCGUACUCUAGAUAUGACAAUCAACCACAAAAUUCCCUAAACCAGAUAACAUUAAACAUAAUCUAAAAAAUCAAGUGUCAAUUCACGAGUUUGCUCACAGAGCACUUUGAUCUAACAAUUUGGCCGCCUAGAUUUCGACAUACAUCCUGCGGCCUUAUCUGAGCGUUCCGUUCGCAUUUUUCCCCUCUUUAGCUGCGUUUGACCUUCACAUAUUUUUCGCGUUCGUUAUCCAAUGAGGUAUAACGGCGUAAUAGUGGAAUUAUUCCGGACAUUGUUAUCCUGAUCUUUAGUGGGAAAUGCACCCAAAUUUGUUUAAAAAAAAAGGUUUACAGUAAACUGUCGACACCUUGCCCUUGGUGGCAUUAAACACGUCACAAAGAGCAUUGAACUUCAGGCAGAUUGAUGACAUCUUCCCAUGCGGGUAUCCAUAAGAAACUUCCUUAACCAUGGACUAUAAAUUUUUUCACUUUUUAUUAGUCUCUUGGCUGAAUGUAUCCGGUAGCUACAUUUAUAUUAUAUAUUAUUAUUAUUAAUUACAUGUUAACGCACUCAGCGAGUGAACCUGCACGAGUACACGGACUAUUACACCACGAUAAUGACGUCAAGGAGGUUGUUUCGUCGCAACCCAGUAUCACGUGGUACAAAUCAUCUUAUCAGAAAAUCGGAAUUCGAACAGUGUAUGAAAGUUGAAUGAUAAACUGUCAUAAGACAUGUUCUUGCAUUCAUCCUUAGUGUUGUCAAAAAACUCAAAAUAAUCUCUUUUCUUAUGGCACUAUGUAGAGAAACCAGGGAAAGCAUCCAUCAAAUCAGAAUCAGUCAUUCAAGCAACUUCUAUAACAAUAAAAUGGACUGCACCAGAUGAUGGAGGAAGUCCGAUUACAGGAUUCCAAAUGAUCUUACAAAAGGAUGGAACUGAGAUAAAAAAGGUUAAUAUCACCGAUCCUGGGACGACAAGUUAUUCGUUUCCUGGUUUGGAGAAAAAUACCAACUACACAGUGAAACUGUUUUCCAGAAAUGUUGUAUUCGAGGGAGAUCCUACUGUAUGGAACAUUAAGACUAAGUUUGAAGGUGAGGAAUCAAAAGUGAUAUCGUCAAUAAACAAUUUACACCAAUCAUUUUUUUUGCCAACUUAGAUUUGUUGUGAGUAACCCAGUUUUAACAAUGUUAUCUGCUUGCCGCAUUAUAAGAUUUUUUAUUUUCAGCGUUCCCCCCCCUCCCCCCCCCCCCUUAGUGGCCAGUUUCCUUUCCCUUUGUGAUAAUUUUUUUAGAGGUACCUACGUUUGAAGAAGCAUAAUAAUAAACAAUGAAAAAAUAAUGAACGUAGGUGAGAACAAUAGACAACCUACGUGGUUACGUUCCGUAAAUUUCACCCGUUUUAUCAAGUAUUGUUUGCCUUGUCGUUUUUUUUUUUUUUUUAAUUUUCUGAUGUUCACGUUUCAUAAUCUGUUAUAUGAAUCAGCAACAACAACAGCCGCCAGAUAGCGACCUUUAUAUUAGUUGGAUACAGUUUCCUAAACUCUUACAGGCCAUAUUCUGAACGCCCAAUAACCAACUAUCCCUUUAGACAGUGAGACAAUUUCCACACAUCGUUUGACCAAAGAAUUGAAGUUUGAAGAAAUGGGCCUUUCAUGAAAAUCGCUUUUAAUAUGCAUAUAUUUUGAGGAAAUCUCUUCAAACAAUUUGUGGACAGCCUUGAAGAAUCCUCCCUAUAUUUUAUUAAAGAUAAGAAAAACACGAGCGCAAAAAACAGAGUACGAGUUGAAGAAGUCAAGCUAUAAGCUGUAACUUGAUAGAAUAGGAAAAAUCAAUUACGACGCACGAAGAAAGUUUGAAAUAGGUAUUUAAAAAGCCAAAUCACGAAAUUAAACCUCUUGCUAUAAUUAAGGUGGAUGGAUAUCGCUUUCUUAAAUACCUACCAGCUAUAAUCAAAGCACUUAAAAAGAAUCAAACCUCCAUAGGACCCAUAGCUAGCAGGAUUUGCUACUUAAUUUAUUGCUAUUUUGUACGCACUUCAGCACACUUACAGCGUAAAACCUUCAAUUGUUUAUCACAUGUAGUACUUCUUGUAUUACAUGCGCACUCAUUUUUCCGCUAUGUCAUUGACGAGUGCCUGUGCUAAGUCAUGCGCGAUGUCAAACUUUGAAAAGCGAAAAAUAGUUGCACACGAACUGAGAUCCUUUCUGUAAUUACGUGACACAAACGAAUGGUGAAUUGCGACUUCAUCUAUGCAUCGUGUAAAUAUCAAUUAAAGGCCAGUAGAAGUCAGUGUAUCGUUUAAAUUCACCUUGGAAAUGCGGUAUUUGUUCUAGGCAAUAACCAACCAUCAUUUUAGGCUUUUCAUUAUCACUUUUUGUCCUUUAAAAUAUUUUGAAUUCAUCUUAGUACUUAACUUAAUUUUGCUUGCCAUACACUUUCGUUUCCAAAAUAUCCCAAAAAAAUCCUCGACAAAUUUACAGAUUAUUUAAUCACUGAUAAUGAUUGUGACCAGAUUUGUAACAAGAAGUUGUAUAAUUAUUAGCAAUUUUACGCUGUUCGUGUCUUUGACAUCAAUCUAGGAGCCCCAGAUGUGGUCGAAAUAGACGAACUUCCGGGUGAAACAACAGACGAUACAAUUACCCUAAAGUGGAAGGAGCCAGAAAGUAAUGGAAGAGUUAUUACCGUGUAUACAGUGUACCAAAGAGUAGUGACUGAUGGGAAAGUGGGACAGUGGAGAGAAAUAAAGAAAAUCAGAGAUGUUUCUGUGAGAGAAUUGAAAAUAGCGUUGGAGAGAGGAAAGGUGUAUCAGUUUGCCAUUACUGCAACUAAUGAGCUUGGUGAAAGCCUGAAACAAGAGAGAGCAAACAUCCAGCAAGUCAAGGCAGAAGGUAGUAUGUUCAAAUGAAUCUUACUCUCCCCUUUCAACGGUUUAUCCUUUUCUUUACUUAGUUUUCAAGCACUCUCCGUGUCAUCAACAUCGAGGUUUUUACGGGUGAAUUCUUCGUUUGCAAAAACCUAAAUCAAUGAGAAAACUUCACUUCCGUCGCAGUUAGUAUUUGUGUGCUAACUAGAGGUCCAUUGGCUGAUGAACGAGAACUUGUUUUGCAAUGGUUUUUGUUACUACAUUUCAAUUAACAAGUUAAUUUGUGAACAUAUUCUUUUUAAACUUAAUUCAAUUUUUUCUUCGGUCAAUUUCGCAAAUGGCUCCCAUGUUUCAAAGGGAUUUAGGAAAUAAGUUGACAUAGAUCGUAUGUUAGGUUUCUUGCAAGAAGUUAUUGGGAUGUUUGGUUAUUGUUUUAUAUAACUAUAGCCUGGAAAUUACAAUGAAGUAACCAGUAAUAAAAAAAUCGAAUACUUUCCAACCUAAAGUAAACCCAAUAAAGAAUUACAGCGUCAAGCUAUUUACACCUUGUAAAGAGUUCAAUUUUCUAAUUUUUUUGUUUUAUGUAGAACAAAGUCCCACCAAGGAACCCCAGAGUUCUGCAGAUAAUGAAAUGGACACUGCAAUAUAUGCUGGAGCAGCUGUGGCCGGUGUUCUGCUUAUUAUUGGUGUAAUCGUAAUCAUUAUUCUAUGGAAACGAAGAAAGGUUUCAAGUCGCGGAAAUGGUAAAGUAUCUCUUCAAUUUGUAACAGUUCAUUUAUAUUUAAAGUUUUCUCUGAGUACCUGGCUGGAUUGGAUAAAAUAGAAGUCUUAGAAGACCACUUGUAAGACUUGUUUGUCAGUCACACUAUUUUACGGAAAAGACGUUUUAACCCUGUUUGAUAGUGGAGACUUUCACUCAUUGGAAACGAGUACAUGUAUUUCUGUGAUUCAAUGUGCAAAGGUACACUGCGACGUACUAUAGUCGAUAUCGUUUGAAAUUUACAAUUUUUUUCACUGCAAAAAAUUUGUUCUUCUCUUUAAGAAUUUUUUCUCUAAAUUUAAUUAUGUUUGUAUUUGAAACAGACUGAAACAACUAAGCAAAAUUUUCCAAUGGUGGACCAGUGAAAUUGCAGAGAAAUCGGAUUUUUCGAAUCGAACAUAAAAUAGGUCUCACUUCAAUACUAUAAGCUUUGCCACACGAACGAAAACACAAAUUUCGGGCUGAAAGUGAAAGAUAAACAGAAAUUUUGUAGGAAUGUGAAUUUGGGUGUUCAAGUUAAAAAAAAAAGGCUACUUUUUGUCGUUAAUCGUAAUGGACUCAACUCUCUCGUAAGCGGACACCCUCGGGAAUCAGGAAAAGUGUCUGCGAGUAGAACUGUCCUCCUACGAAAAUGACUCCCAUGAGUGGACAGCAAAGAAGAAUAGGAGUUGAUGUCCGCUUAAGGGAGAAACAAGAGGGAAAGUAGACCAUGACGAACGUGGCCAUAACGUGACACUAUAAAUGUUAUGUCAGACUCUUGUUAAUAGGCACCUUAAGCAACAGACGUCGCCGGUCUCACGACGGCAACCGGAAACGUGAAAUUUCUUUGCAGUCCUCACUGCGCAUGUACAACACGUCUUGCCGUUGUCGCCGUUGUCGCCGUUGUCCCGAAGUCGAGAACGCGAGAAAGUGGGGUUUCACGUCGCGACGAGAACUUGAGUACUUAAACUUUUGUUUUGAUCGCUUUUAGCUUACUUUCGGACUAAUUCAAUCUGGAAGCAAGGUAACAUGUAAUGAUUGAUUUUAUAAUUGAAAUAAUGUUCUGCAAGCAUUAUUAGGCUCAUUUUUUAAAAUUGUUUUCGCAAGCCAAACUAGCUUCCAACGAAGAGGUUGCUUUCAUUCAACGGAAUAAUUAGUUGUCUUUUCCGAUUUUCUCAUUGUAUAACCGGUAGAUUGUUAUAGCUUGUAAUAACACUUCAGUCAUUUUUGUAUUUCCUUCCUCCUGGCCUUUCUUUUAACAUAGAAGCAUGUUAAAUCGACUCAAAUUAAUUUUUUAUUUAGUUCAUGUUCACAAUGAGACAAAUACGCAGUUCUUGUACACACGAGAAGAUUGCGUUCUUCGCACAAGGUUUUUUUUUCCCCGACACUUGAAUCAAAAUACCUGGCAAAAAUAAUGAGUAUACAAUUGAUGACAAUUGAUCGCUUUAACAUUACACAUAUAACAUGUAAAACAAUUUCUGUCUUUGAUAGGCCAAGGCAGAACGACUUUUAUAAGCUUAAUAGUUUGUCAUUUUUCGUAAUAAUAAUUUCAAAAGGGAUGUGUCGAUCAUUAGAAAAGCUUUAAUAGUAUAAGGCUUGAAUUCGUCGAGUUAUUUUUCAAAUAUAGUGUAUGUUUAACUCAUGGAUGGAGUGGACAGAACAAAAAGAUCUCAUGUUGGUCAGAGAAAUCUUAUUAUGAGAACCCUUUAAAUUCAAGGUUGGCUCCAAAUAGCGUAGUUCGGCAAGGAGUCAAAUAGCGCAAAAUUUGUAUACACAUCCAGGAUUCAUAGUAUCUCAGAGAGCUGUCAGAGGUCGUUACGUCGUAAAGAAUGGCAAAUUCAUUUGCCUUUGUGACUCUUUUGAAAAAGGAAACAAAAGUAAAUAUCGCGUUUCCUUCAAGCUCGACAUGACCGGACAAUGCGAAGAAAUCGAGAGCUUUAUUGUGAAUUUUGAAUUUACCACCAAAUUUGCGAAGCUGGCUUGGCGCGGCGUCGCGUUUUUCUCACGCUUUGCUUAAGGAUGGCAACUCGCAGUUGUGACCGCAACCUGAAACCGUUCUAUCCCCAGUUCCUUAUCGUUUGUCACGUCGCCGUCGUCAACGAAAACGUCUGUAGCUUAAGGUGCCUAUUAUGAAAUGAACGGGCAGCUUGCUUUCCCGCGAACAAACAGAGAUUUGACUAAACCAAUCCCUACUGUAUUGUUACUCUGUCAAAGGUCAGAUUUUUGUUGAUUUGCAAGUUAAAAACAAAUUUCUUUGCCAAGAGUCCAGAAUUAUGCAUCGGGUGUCCGCUUACGAGAGAACGUAAACAAAAGAAAAUCCAAUUUUCACCUCUAAAAUUGCCGGCGACUGUGUAGAGAGUGUCUGCUUACGGAUGUGUAGAUACAAAGUUUUACUUGGAAAAAAGAAGUGGAAUUGAAAAAAGUAUUGGCAGGUAGAGCUGUCUGCUUACGAGAGCUUCCACUAGUGGAGAGUUGACUAUAUGUGUACCGCUUUCUUUUCGGGCGGAAUUUUCGUACGUUUUUUGUGAUUGGACAUUUGUUUACGCAACAGAUCACGCAAUACUCUCAGAUGCUAAAAAUUAAUUUAGAUCGUUUUUACAAUACAAAGGAAUUUUCUCUCUUUUGUUUAAAAGAGCACAUUUAAACCGAGAAGUUCUCGUAGCGAGUUUCCUUGUUUUGGUAGAACAAUUUCAAUUUCGAACUGCAAAAUUAUAACAGUUUUAACUCUACAGUUCAACACCUAUAUAACAGAUUAAUGUGUUCUAAGCAGUGUGCAACAAGUUGCCUUGAUAAAUCUCCAAUAACAAAGCGCUUGAGAAAUCUAACCAAUAAGAAAAUGGUACAUAUAUCCUUGUUAGACUAUAGGUUAUCAGACCAAGCUUUUAGAAACCAUUGCGCAAAUAGAAUGUACCGCGAGUCUGAGAGACAUGUCAAGGUGCACGUUAAGCUGAGUUUUUUAUCCACUCUAUCAUUGAGGGUAUUUUUGGAUAGUGGAAAUUUUCUGUUUAACUUACCAGUUCUGUUGUUUCAGUCUUCCUCUAUUACCAAAUAUAUGCGAUCAUGAGUUUGGUACUUAACCUUAAUGUUAUUUGUUAAUAUAUCCAUUUUUUUAAGGUUAUUUAUUUAUUUAUUGUUUAAUUUUAUCCUAGAUGAAAUGCAAAUGAAUGGGCUGUAAGUACUGGAAUAAUAAUGUGAUUUUAACACUACUCUACCAUGACUGUGAAUAUAUGAAAAUCAUACAUUUGAACUGCGGUUUAAGAAAUGAAUAUGAACGCGAUCUUCGCAGUAAUGAACGCUAUUUUUGCAGUAGUGAAAAUAAGGUGUGAAAACCCUCCUCCCUCCCUCCUGACCCCCCCCCCCUCCCUCCCUGACCCCCUCCCCUCCCUCCUGAGCCCCCCCUCCCCCUCCCCUCCCUCCCUGACCCCCCCCCCCCCCCCCCCCCCCCUCCCCCCCCCCCCCCCCCCCCCCCCCCCCCACCCCCCCCCCCCCCCCCCCCCCCCUCCCCCCCCCCCCCCCCCCCCCCCCUCCCCCCCCCCCCCCCCCCCCCCCCCCCCUCCCUCCCUGACUCCCCCCUCCCCCCCUGACUCCCCCUCCCCCCCCCCCCCUCCCUCUCUCUCUCUCUCUCUCUCUCUCUCUCUCUCUCUCUCUCUCUCUCUCUCUCUCUCUCUCUCUCUCUCUCUCUCUCUCUCUUUCUUCCCGGACGACGAGGAGUUUAUAACUUUACUAUAACUUUACUAGGAACGAAACAUCAGAAUAAUGCAAAAGACAUGUUUGAAGAUUUGUUCUGAUUUGAUGGCAGGGGUAGUGCUAAUCAUUAUGAAGUUGACGAUGGAUAUCAGGAGGCUGCUGCGAGUCUUCAAGCCUCGGCUCCUGAGGCUGAGGCUGAGGCUAACUAUGCACAGGUGGAUAUGACGAAAAAGAAGAAGAAUAGACGACCACCAGCUGAUGAAUAUGCCCAGGUGGACAAGUCGAAAAAGACAAAGAAGAGACCCAAGGUAACGAUGACAUCGAGAAAGGUGUUGUGUCAUUGUUGCUGUACUUUUGGUAGCACGUGUUUUUUUUUGACGUUGCGCAGUUCCUUGUCUGAACUUAUUUUAGUGGAGGAUAGGCUUUUCGUGUAGUCUUUCUUAACCUAACCCUAACCCUAACCCCUCAUCUCGUACUUUGAUUUUCCUUGGUUAUGCAGAGAAAUGAUGAAUUAUUUUCCAUUUGGUUUAAAAGUGAUAUAAACUCCAGUUAUUAAAAUCUAAUUAUUGUGCUGUUCUCUUGCCUCCCUAUUUGGAGGCAUAGUGCGCGAUCUAAAGCAAAUUUUUUUCGAUCUCGUGGUGACUAAUUAUUUAAAGUGCCUAUGACACGAAUUUUUUUUUUUUUUUGGCGUUUUCUGGUUAAGAGCUGUAUUUAAGAUUUUUAAGAUUUGAAAGUACGAUUUGGCGGCCAAAAGGAAUUUCCAUUUAGCGCGCGGCCCAAACGAUGAUGUUAAGUAGCCGUGACGUAGAAAAUUGUGAAGACACGCCAGCAAUUAUGGAGGAGAAAGGAGAAACCAAGAAGAGAGGACGAACGUAUUGCGUGGCUGGAGUGCCAAAUGAUGUUAGGUACAAGAAUAAUACACUCACACCGGGUAUUUCUAUGCGCUACCUUCCAAAGUAUGUUCCGGCUUUGAAGGCUUCGAACACAUACCACUGGUCAAAUCAGAGGAAGAUGACCAAUACAUUCAGCAAAAAAAAAUGGCUACUUUAAGAGCCUGUUCCCCUACCGGACACGAUUGUUCCACAAUCUGUUCGGCUGACAUUUCGCAAGCGAAGAAUGGUGAGCGUCAUACUGUUAUUUAUUUCACGCGCUUGAGAUGUACACAGUACUCUCUUGUCUUGGCAACGCUGUUUUAAGUUUUUCAUUGCAGCCCUGUAGCAUGGUUCCUAGGAUAACGUAACAACCUUCCCCGACCCAGGUUCCAGGAUGUGCGGUCGUGAACUUACAAAAUUGAGCUUUAACUGCUUUUAGAAUUGUCAAGUUUUGUUUAGUUGUCAUAAUUAUUUCAUUGUGAUGAUCAGUCAAACAAGGAAAUUUCUUUGAUCGACAUUCAUUUUGGGGGUUAGAGCACUUUAAACAACAAGGAAAACUGCGCAUGCCGUUGUAGAGCUUGUCAGACUUUGGUCGUUUAUAGCAGAGAAAUAGCCAAAAGGUAGCCACGAAUGUAACUCUGUGGGUAGGAAUAACCUGGGUACUGCCACUGAGGGCUCAAACCAGAGAACUGCCAUCAGGGCAUCUGUAUUUGAGCUAAUCUUGACAAAUGCAUAUUAUUUAAUCUUUCGCUACCAAACCGAAGGCACUAAUGUACAGGUCAUUAGAUAGGCCAGGAACAUAGGUAUUGGAGAACGACACGUUUUCCUGUCGUAGACCUCUUGAGACUCUUGACGAUCCGAAAAGACCGUAAUAGGCACGAAUAGUAAUAGAAUCUAAUGCGUUAGCGUUACAAUAUUAAAUACCUGAGAGAUUUUGUAUCGCUAGUAGAGAGGAACAUGAUUUUCGUUAUUUAAGAUGCUGAAGCGUUGUUAGAAACUGGACCGUGUUAAAUUAUUACUUGGGUUGACCAAACAAGUUUAAAUUCACUCUUAUACAUUGAUCGACCAAAGUAGGCACUUAUUUAGCUGGCUGCGUCCAGUAGCGUGUAUGACGACAUUGUAACCUUCCUAGAAGGCUUCAGCGGCACAUACCCUUACUUAGGGCGAAUGCCUAUAUGCCAGUGACCAAAAAGGUACAAAUAAGGUAUUUACGGUACAUAAAGGCAGUGUUCACACUUGGUGCCCGGGCACUAGUACCCGGGCACCGGCACAAAAUGGUGCUGUGUUCAGACACACGGUACCCAGUCUGAAGAUAUGUUCACAUUCAAUAAACAGAGCACACGCUCACUAUUGAAAUCUCGAGUGGGACAAGGAAUUGUGGGUACGAAAACAAGUGGUUUGUGGGUAAAGUGCCAGGGCACCAACGAAAAAUGUGUUCACACAAGGACUCAGUGCCCAGUUUAGUGCCCGAGUACAAGGUCGAGACCUUGUACUCGGGCACCGGCACCGUGCCCGAAUUCUGGCGUGGGUACCAGGAAAAAAGGUGUGUUCACAUUGGUGCCCGGCGUAGAAUAGAACCCGGGCACGGUGCCCGGGCACCAAGUGUGAACACUGCCAAAGUGACACCAAAAUCCAGUGAUAUUUUCAGUAUAUACAGAAAUGAAUUGUUGGGCGUCUUAUCGUGUGGCCCGCGAGAAGAAUAGAGUGAGUAAACAAACGGCACCAAUUAUCUCGGAACGUAUCCGUCUGCUUAGUGUCCAUCGUUCUGUGAGGCAGAGAAGCAUAGCUGUACUUUUGAUACCUAAAUAACAGUUAGGUUUACCAGUAUUUGAUCGUCCAAUGUUGUUGUUCGGCGGCGUUGUAGUAAAAGUUGUUCUUCACCUUAACCAUAAUCUGCAAGCUUUGUCUUUAACUUCUAAUACCUCGUCUAAAUUAAUGUCACCGUGACAUUUGUUUAGCUUAAGUGACCAUGAUAUCAUUUGGUAUCAGGUCAGUAAGCAAAUCGUAGGAUAUCACAACACUGGACAUGGCUUUCUAUUUGCGAAUUUGGGUACAGUAAACUGUAGUGAAUGGAAAGUAUCAUUCGAAUCAUUUUUGUGGCCACUGCUUCCUGUAUAGUUUGAGGUGAAACCACUUUUUUGUAGGAUUAGUGAGUGAGUGAGUGAGUGAGUGAGGGUAAGUAACAAUGGAAGCCGAACUUCACCCGAUUUGACACAAUGUCACUCAUUGUUUCUUUUGUAGUUCGACAUUCGCACUAGGGAUUAUUAGGCGCAGUAUACACUAAAGAAAGAAGAAAGCGUUUGAAACAAGUUAAUUUGUGCCUAACAACACCCAAGAUAUGAUUUUCUUAGUAGUUGCCGUGACGCUACAUUCAAAAACACUUCAUCAUGGUUUCUCUCCCGCGCGAUAAACAAACUGAAACUUUUCCGUGUAGAAGAAAACCAGGAAAUGUGAUCAGCGUAUCAUAGAAUCUUUGGAAACAAAUUUACCUUCGAAAAUAGAUAAUGUUACUGUUUAAAUUAGCGAUCUGUUUCCAAAUGACGAUUUUAGUGCUUGCCGCGACACUAAAGAAGACAAACAUUCUUUCACAAAGGCCUCUCGCGGACGCCUGAUAAACAAAAUAAACUUUUCUCUGCAGAAAGGUGUACAAGGUGCGACCGGAGCAUAGUGACAACCUCUAUUUCUGUUCAAUGCUACAGAAAAUUGCGCCAUAUCAGACGCCACAUGUAGUCUCAGACUGCCUAUCUUUUCCUUUCGACAGAGACCCGGGGAGCUUGAUUAUGCUGAGUUGGAUGAGUUUAGAAGACAUGACGCUGGACAUGCCGCUGGACCAUCUGGUGCUAGUGCAGCUGCAGUUGUUCGUCCUCCAGCGUACGAAGGAACUGAAUACGCUGACAUAACACAGUUUGGUGUCCCUCAGCCUGAUCCUACAUAUGCUAACGUUUCUGGAGGGGACGUAACGUAUUCUAAUAUGCAGAGCAUGUGAGUUUUUCCGAAAACCACAAAACCUUGUAAACUUUGUCAGUCUCAUUCUAUUACACUUGGCUGACUUUGAAGUACAAUAUUGGACGGUCCGCACUCUGUCACACAAACCUUAAAAGAAUAUCUGGCUGACAGAUAUUGUUAUCUUUUGCUGUCUUUGUUUAGUAGUUUUUCUUUAUCAUUUAUCACUUUUCACUUAAUAUGGUUUGGGCAAUGCUGCUGUUAAAUUCUGAGGGGAAGGUUUGGGCUCAGCCUUAUUCAGUACCGGCAUUGUCGUUAUUGUUUAAUUGCUAUCAAUUUUAAGUUUUCGAAACAAAAACGCCACGUGUUUUAAUAUAUAUUUGAGCAGACUAUAGCUGUCGAAUGUCUUCGUUUCCUUUAGACUUCGAACAUAAAGUGGAAGAGUUGAUCAAUUGUAGUUAAGAGUCCACAUUAUUUUUUCUACUGAAAUUUUCCGUUUCUAUUUACUUAUUCAGAGCUUGAGACCUGAGGUUAGUGACUGUUUAGUGUGAGAGGAAAGACCGUCCAAGACUUCAACUUUAAUCUGUCUGUGCCGCACCGUAAACUUUACCGUCUAAGUCAAAAUAGCAAUAGGUUAAACAUAUUAAAUUUUAAGAGACGUUUCCACUAAAGAGUCGCUCGUGUAGUCGCCUAGUUCUCAUUAAAGCAGGUGCACGUUGUGCCAUAAUAAUCUUUAUUUUUGUCAGAAGUGAUAUAUAUACAUCGCCUCUGAUUUAGCUAAUAAGAAUUUUAAAAUUUACAUAUAUAUUUAGUAGAUUUGCAAAGAAGUUAAUGUAAGUUGAUGUAGAUUAAAUUAAGAGACGUUUCCACUGAAGAGUCACUCGUGUAGUCGCCUAGUUCUUAUUAGAGCAGGUGCGCGUUGUGCCAUGAUCUUUAUUUUUGUCAGUAGUGAGAUAUAUACAUCGCCUCUCAUCAAGCUAGGAAGAAUUUUAAAAUUUACAUAUAUGUUUUGUAAAUUAAUGUUUUUGUAAUACGCUUGACUAUAUAGCAUGUGCAAUCGUGAGAGGUUGAUUAGUUACUGACUAUGACGAUGAUAGUCUUUGUAUUUUGUAUUUUUUAUAUAGAGUUUAAAUGACAAUUUUUAUAAUAGAUGAUAAUUUUGUAACUUUCAAAUAUGGUUCCGCCAUAGGCUACUCAGGCAAUUCUUGUCUUUUGUUAGUGAAAUCCAUCAAAUUUUUAGAGAGUGAUUUAAGAAGAGUUUAUAUAGAGUUUACAUGACAAUUUUUACAAUAGAUUAUAAUUAUGUAACUUUCAAAUAUGGUUCCGCUAUAGGCUACUCAAGCAAUUGUUAUCUUUUGUAAGUGAAAUCGAUCACAUUUGUUUAGAGUGAUUUAAGAAUUAGAUAAUUUGCUAUAUUUGCUGAAUAGUUGGCUUGGCUUAUUUUAAUGCCGAGAAAUGACUGUAUUUUUACAUUUGACAUAGCACAAAUAAAAUAUGAAUGAA